GCACCCAACUACUCGAACUCAUCGCUCUCAUGUCCAGCAUCUUUGCAUGGAAAUACCAGAUAUAGCAAUUCUUGAUCAGAUACAGCACCGGCGAACCAACAGUCAGUACACAAAUCCCAAGCAUCCAGAUGUCCACCCAAAGUCUCAAUCCCCUCUACGUCCCUGAAAUACUCACCAAGAUCCUCUCGCAUCUCGAUGCCAAAACUCUCCUCUUCUCCCAACGCGUUUCCAAACAAUGGGCCGAAUUAAUUCAAACAUCCCCCCAUCUCCAAGAGUGUCUUUUCUUCAAAAGCUCUGCCCCAAAUGCAGAGUUUACGCUCAAUCCUCUACUGGUUGAGAAAUUCCCAGCUUGGUUCAAUACGAUGGAAGAAGAACCAUGGAUUCAAGUAGGCCAUGAAGUUUUUGAUAAGUUGGAAUGGGGUUCUUCACCCCGCGUUACAAUGGCUUAUAAGAGAUCUGAUGCCAGCUGGCGCAAAAUGCUACUGUGUCAGCCCCCACUUGAAGAAAUGUUGAUUAAUUACACGAGGUGUGAUAACCAGUGGCUUUGCUUCUGGGACGUAAAGGUUGAGAAAAAAGAAGGUAUUAGAAUGGGUUUGGCGUAUGAUUACAUGUACCAGGCUAUGUAUAAAUGUAUAUUCGUGGCUGUGGAUGGGCCUCUUUACAAUCAUGAAUUUAUGUUCGAUUGGAGAGAGGAGAGCACUGCAGGGGAAAGGUCGAAGGAGCGUCGCAGGAGAAUCAAGGUAUUGGUGGAGCAGGGGUGUAGUUGCUGUGCAGACGAUUGUGAAGAAUGUAGAGAUGUACAUGGACAUCACAGAAUCUUCAAAAGCGAGGGAUUUGAGAAGGAAGCGGCCAACGAAGAUGCAUAUUUGAAGAUGAUGCAAGAUGAAGGUUUCGAGACUUGUGAGAGAUAGGUCUAGGGUUCUCAAAACAUCUGGCCAUUCGGAGUAAGGGCUAGAUCGGAAGAUGGAGCAUCCUUAAUUAAGAAAAGAUAUAAAUGAUGAAGUAUCACACACGGUCACGAAGUCAACCAAUCAGAAUACAUUCCGCCGAGUUUAUCAUAGUAAUCGAUAUUUACUCCAUCACGGAUGAGAAUAUCGUUCUCGAAGCUCUUCCUAUCCGCAUCAAAAGAAGUACACAAACGCUCCGUAUUCUUAGCCCCAAAACUGCAGAGCCGACAAAUUGUAACCCAGAAGUGACCCAACUUCACCAGGACACCACUCAAGACUGUGUCUGUGAACACGGUAUCAAUAGCCACGAUAUCAAUAGCCGAGGAGGUCCCUCCCCGACA